AUGGCCCUGCUGUCCAGAGCCCUGGCCUCCCUACCCACAAUGCCCCGCUGCAUGCUGCGGCCUGGCUACCCUCCGUGGUGUGGCGUAGUAUGUAACCUGCCCUUGGCUUCAUCAUCUCUGGUUGGAAUCUGCAGUAACCUGCCCUUGGCUUCAUCAUCUCUGGUUGGAAUCUGUAGUAGCCUGCCCUUGGCCUCAUCAUCUCUGGUUGUAAUCUUCAGUAACCUGCUCUUGGCUUCAUCAUCUCUGAUUGGAAUCUUCAGUAACCAAGUUGGUGCUAAAAGUGAGAAAGGCAAUGCGGUAGUGAUUGUGAUAGGGGGCGCUGCUGAGUCUCUUCUGAGUCUGCUUGGGGUCAACACUGUGGUUAUGAAGCAGAGGAAAGGCUUUGUCCGGGUGGCUCUGGAGUUUGGUGCUGAUCUGAUGCUUGUCUACUCGUAUGGGGAGAACAAUAUCUUCCACAAGGUGAUCUUCUCAGAUGGCAAUGUGGGCUGGAGGAUACAGCAACUCUUUAAGAAGAUCAUGGACUUUGCCCAGUGUCUGUUCAUGGGUGAACACUGGUUCUGGAUUUCUUACCACUGCCCUGUCACCACUGUUUUGGGUGGUCCUAUCCCAGUGCCAAAAUGGCCUUCCCCCAAUCAGGAGGAAGUGGACCUCUAUCAUGACCUCUACAUGGAGGCCCUAGCCAAGCUCUUGGAUGGACACAAGGCCAGCUGUGGACUCUCAGACAGCCACGAGCUGCAGAGCAUGAAGGCCAAUCAUUAA